AUGCGAAGAUCGUUAACAUCAUUGGCUCAAUCUCUCGUAACGAAGCGUGGAUUUUGCACCAAACCAGAGAAAAUCGUAGCUUCUGUCCUCUUCGAGAGAUUACCGGUUGUUAUUCCCAAAAUCGACCCUGUGGUUUAUGCAUUUCGAGAGUUCUCAUUUCGUUGGCAACAGCAGUAUCGACGCAGAUAUCCAGAUGAGUUUUUAGACAAGUCUAGUUCUAGUGGAAAAGGUGACUACCAUAUUGAGUAUGAACCAGCUCCACGCAUCACAGAAGCUGACAAGACAAAUGAUAAAAAAUCAUUACAGAGGGCACUUGACAGAAGACUUUAUCUUCUUCUCUAUGGAAACGCAUAUGGGUCUCCUAGUGGGAACCCAGUCUGGCAUUUUCCUGAAAAAGUUUAUGAAACUGAAGAGACAUUGCGUAAGUGUGCAGAAUCUGCAUUACAGUCUGUCUUGGGUGAACUUUCUCACACAUAUUUUGUUGGAAAUGCUCCUAUGGGUCACAUGGUCAUACAGCCAACAGAUAAUGCGCAAGACACUGGCUACAAGCGAUUCUUUUUCAAGUCCCAGGUGAUUGCAACAAACAAAUUUAAAAUUGGAAACUGUGAAGACUUUGUUUGGGUGACAAAGGAUGAACUACUGGACUAUUUUCCUGAACAAGCUGAAUAUCUCAACAAGAUGAUCAUCAGCUGA